UUCUGUUUCCUCUCCUGAACUGGACAAGGUAAACAGCAAUGGUCCUCAUAAGCAGUCAGGCAAAUCAAGAACAUCAAGGAAUAAAACGGCGGCCAGUCUCUUUUUUUCUGUAGCCACUCCAAAGUCCAAGUCACCCACGUCACCUUCAACCUCGCCUGUGCAGCCCUCAUCAUCCUCGCCUGCCUACAGAGGAGGAGAGUGCAUCAACAAAGCUGCUUGCGAAUGUGGCAUAAAGAACCCUGAUGCACUGUCAUCAACUAGGCUCAGGAAACACAUAGCAACCAUGUCUAAAAUUCUUAACCUUAAUGAGAAUGAAGCAGACCAACUGGCUGAUUUCCUUGGUCACGAUAUCCGAAUCCACAGACAGUAUUAUCGGUUACCAGAGGGAACACUGCAGCUGGCAAAAAUGAGUAAAGUCCUAAUGGCCAUGGAGAAAGGAACACUGUCUGACUACAAAGGAAAGAAACUUGAUGACAUUGAAAUCGACCCAAAUGAGCAACUUGAGGCCCAAGGUGAUUCCAUGUCAAGUGAUGAGGAGGAUUCCAGUGACCUCUCUCAGACACCAGCACCAGUACAGACUGAUCAACCUGUUCAAUCUGAACAAGCUGUUUCACAGGAGGAUCAAGGUUCUUCAAAUGCUCCAAAAAAGAAAUGGGAGGACAGUGAGGUAAAAGCAGUAGAGAGACACAUGAUGAGUUUCAUCAAGACAUGCAAAGUUCCUGGUAAGCAAGAAUGCAUUCACGCAGAGCCAGAAGCUUUGAAGCAGCGAACAUGGACUGACAGCGACGCCCGUGACUGUGCCAUAAGGCAACAGAGUACAACUAGAGUGAUUGGAGAGCAGGAGGACUCAGAUAGAGCAGAUUCUCUAGAGCGACUCACGAGCUCUGAUGAUGACACAGCUAAUCCACGAUUGGCAGAGUACACUGCUUGA